CUUGCGGGAUGCCUGUUCCUUGCACAGCAGGUUGCCCUUAGAAGAACAUCUGCCACUAAAACAUGUCCCUGAGCACCUCCUCAUCUACUGGUCUUUUAAACAGCUCCAGGGAUGGUGACUCAACCCCCUCCCUGGGCAGCCUCUGCCAGUGCCCUAUGACCCUUUUUGUGAAAAAUUUUUUCCUGAUAUACAGUCUGAACCUCCCCUGGCACAGCUUGAGGCCAUUCCCCCUUGUCCUGUCACUUGGGAGAAGAGGCCAGCUCCCUCCUCUCUACAAUCUCCUUUCAGAUAAUUUUAGAGAGCGAUAAGGUCUCCCCUCAGCCUCCUCUUCUCAAGGAUAAACAACCCCAGUUCCUUCAACCACCCCUCGUAAGAUAUACAAGCUUAAAGAAUUGCUAUUGAUCAAUACACAAGCUUAAACAUUUGCUAUUUAUCAGAUUCUGGGAUCCGCUCGCCUUCUCCUCCUCCUGCCUCCGACAGCUUCCACAGGCUGACCCCGCCGGGGGGCGGAACCACUGCGCGAGGGACGCUGGAGCUGCCGGUGCCACCUCCCCCGCCCGCCCCUUCGGCGAGAGCUUCCGGUUCGCGCCCGACCAAUGGACUCCCGCGGUCGCACCACGUGACAGGCUGGGCAUCUCGCGCCGGAGGCGGUUCCCGCGGCACCCCCCGGCGUCCCGUCAGGCAGCGCGCGCGGCGCAGCUUCUCCGCUCUAUGGUAACCAUAGAGAUCCACGGCGGUGGCGGAGCAAUACUGGGACGGCGGCCGCGGCGCCGUGGGGAACAUGGCGACGUUGGUGCUGGAUAACGGCGCCUACAACGCCAAAAUCGGCUACAGCCACGCGAACGUCAGUGUUAUUCCCAACUGCCAGUUCAGAUCAAAGACUGCACGCUUGAAAACCUUUACGGCAAAUCAACUGGAUGAAAUUAAAGAUCCCUCUGGCCUUUUUUACAUUCUCCCUUUUCAGAAAGGUUACUUGGUGAACUGGGAUGUCCAGAGGCAGGUUUGGGAUUAUCUUUUUGGAAAAGAAAUGUAUAAAGUGGAUUUUGUAGAUACCAAUAUUAUUAUUACCGAACCUUACUUUAACUUCAGUUCAAUACAAGAAUCUAUGAAUGAAAUCCUAUUUGAAGAAUAUCAGUUUCAAGCAGUUCUUAGAGUAAAUGCUGGAGCUCUUAGUGCACACAGGUAUUUCCGGGAUAAUCCAUCUGAACUGUGUUGUAUCAUUGUGGAUAGUGGAUACUCUUUUACACACAUUGUACCUUAUUGUAGAAGUAAAAAGAAGAAAGAGGCAAUCAUCAGGAUUAAUGUUGGAGGAAAACUCUUAACCAACCAUCUGAAGGAGAUUAUCUCUUACAGGCAGCUCCACGUAAUGGAUGAAACACAUGUAAUUAAUCAAGUGAAAGAAGAUGUGUGUUAUGUUUCUCAAGACUUUUACAAGGACAUGGACAUUGCCAAAUUGAAAGGAGAGGAAAACACUGUAAUGGUAGAUUAUGUUUUGCCAGACUUCAGCACAAUCAAAAAAGGAUUUUGUAAGCCAAGGGAAGAGAUGGUGCUCAGUGGAAAAUACAAGACCGGUGAACAAAUACUUCGUCUAACAAAUGAAAGAUUUGCAGUUCCAGAAAUACUGUUCCAUCCUUCGGAUAUUGGUAUUCAAGAGAUGGGAAUUCCAGAAGCCAUUGUUUAUUCUAUUCAGAAUUUACCUGAAGAAAUGCAGCCUCAUUUCUUCAAGAACAUAGUUCUGACUGGGGGAAACACCCUUUUUCCAGGCUUCAGAGAUCGGGUUUAUGCUGAAGUUCGAUGUCUUACUCCAACUGAUUACGAUGUUUCUGUUGUUCUUCCUGAAAACCCUAUUACUUAUUCUUGGGAAGGUGGGAAGCUCAUUUCUGAAAACGAUGAUUUCGAAGACAUGGUAGUAACUAGAGAAGAUUAUGAAGAACACGGACACAAUAUCUGCGAAGAGAAAUUUGAUAUAUAGGCAGCGUGGUUGGGUACAUUGUUUUACUCAGAAUGGAACCCUUUGAGCUACAACCUGUUUUUUGUUGGUUUAUGACUGUGUUUUAGCUUUCCUGUACUUAAGUGGGUUGGGAAAAAAAACAUUUCAGAGCUUAAAAAUAAA